AUGAGUGAAUUAUUAACAGGAAUCAAUAAUGAAUCUGGAAAGAAUCGUAAAGAAGAUAUCGAUUCAAAAAUUGCAGAUUUUAUGGCAGAUAUUGAUGAGAUUGUUCUUGGUAAAAAAUCAAAUACUAAUAAUGAUGAAGAAUCUGAAUGGAAACAAUGUUUUGAUGAAACAACACAAUCAGUCUAUUAUUGGAAUAUAAAAACAAAUGAAUGUUCAUGGGAUCCACCUCCCACAGGAUUACAAAAUCAUGUUACUGAAAUAUCUCAUAAUUCAACAGAUAUCGAUGGAAUAAAUCAGAAAAAACGUCAACAAAUAACAACUGAUAUACAAUCAAUGAAAAAACUUAAAAAACCAAGCUUUAUUUCUGAAUAUCCAUCAUCAGAUAGUGAAAGUACGGAGGAUGAUGAUGAAGAAAAUAUCGACGAGAUUGAUGAACUUUUAAAUGAAGUAUUAGAAAAAGAAGAAAAAGUGGAUAACAAAGUUCAACAAAUUGAUUUAUAUCCAUUAUUUGAAACAGAUUAUAGAGCUGCUAUUGCACGUCUUACUGAUUUAAGUGAUAGAACAGCCGAGAUUUUUACUUUACGAAUUCAAUUAGAAACACGUCUAGAAGAUUGUCUUGCUGGUUAUCUAUCUAAAUUGUAUGCUGUUAAUAAAUUAGAUGAAGCUUUAUUACAAAUCGAAGAAUUUGAAAAAUCACAUCCAACUAUCGCCUCUCCACCAAUUGUUACAGAGCCAUCAAAACCACCAUUAACAUCGAGUGAAAUGGCACUUCUACUUUCUCUUCCUCCACCUCCACCACCACCAAGUCCGCCUCCACUAUCAUCCUCAACUGAAGAUGAUAAAACCUUACAACUUUUCUAUGCUCAACUUAAUUGUGAUCAACCUGAACAGCCAACUUCGAUAUGUGAUAUGGAGAAACCAUCGACUAUCACAAAAUCUGAACAACAACCACAUCAUCAUCAACAUCAUCACAAAGAUAAAAAAUCUAAACCAGCAAAAACAUUACCAACAGAUCUUAUUCAAAAAUGGACUCAUGCACGUCAAGAAUUACGUGGUAUAGCUGAUAUAGACGAUUCCUAG